AUGCCCUCCUCAUUCCCUUACACUCCUACGACACUCCGGACGUCCGUGAAGCCGCGCCCAUGGGUGCCAGUGAAAUACCAUGAGGGGCGCGUCGAGAUCCCGCCCCUGCCCUUUAAACCUCGGACCGACAACUUACUUGGCAUGUACGACAUUAGCACGCAUAUCAUACUUGCAGCCAACCCCAGAGUCACCCCAAAUACUCCAGUUCCUGAACUACCCCCCCGCUCUUCAAAAAUAACCGAGAGGGAUAUCAAGAAACUGGGACUUGAACUCAUAGAGCAACAGACCCGGCAAGGGGAGGACGGCUACUCCAGGAUCACGGACGAGAGGUUGCUGUGGAAUUGUGUCAACCGAUAUUCAAAAAGGGACCAGGAGACCAAAGUCAGAACGAAGGGAAUUACGCUAUUCCUUGUGCACGGAACGGGCUUUCCGAAGGAAAUUUGGGAAACCACCCUAUGCUAUCUGCUAGCUGUCUGUGGUGUCAUAGAUGAGAUAUGGUCAUGGGAGUCCGUGCAACACGGGGACUCUGCUCUGCUAAACAGACAGAAUCUCAGUGGUAACUUUGAUUGGACUGACAAUGCAAGAGAUAUUACAAACUUUCUCAUCAACUACAUGCCAGAAAAAGUAGAUAUAUCUGUGCUGCCUAUCCAACUUCGUCGACUUCCUGCAUCCAUUAGCGAAGCACGUCAAAAGAGUGGCUUCUCCUCCCGGACCCUGGUCGUAGCGGGGCACUCAUUCGGGGGUUGUGUGGUUGCUUCAGUCGCGUUAAAUUUCCCGGCCUUAUUUUCCUCGCUGAUCCUCGUUGAUGCGAUGAUCGAUACAUUCACAGGAAUUCCAUUGGAGCACACACAACGCAUGAUUGGCCAUACCUUGAUAAGGCGUCAACACUGGCUAUCACGGGAGGACGCCUUGCGUUCUUUCAAAUCUUCACCUGUGUUCUCCGCUUGGCAUCCUGAUGUACUUCGGCUCUAUGUCGAUUACGGACUAUACGAGGAUGGAAGUGGAAGAGUCAGAUUGAAAACUCCCCCCAUUCACGAGGCUAUUGUCUAUGCCAACCUACAAGUUAGCCGCGAAACCUGGGAGUCGAUGGAAAGGCUUGAUGAGAAUAUCGAGCUGCUAUGGAUUCUCCCCGGAAAAGAAACCCGGGAAGUGUCGAUGAUGGAGCAAGUCUCCAAGGAGCGUGUUUGGCGCAGACAAGCAAAUUCAUCCAACGUUAUCAUCAAGUCAUCUGAUCAUCUUAUUCCUCACGAGUCUCCAGAAGCGCUUGCGCAAAUUAUGGCUGACUUUCUUCAUAGGAAAUAUGGUGUUUCCUCGAGGCAGUCGAAGCUCUGA